UUCCAAGAUCCUCUCUAACUCUUCCACAUUUUUCUCUUCUUUCAACUUCAAACGUAAAUAUUAUUGCCCCCCUUCAUUUUUCCAUGUUAGUUGAGUUUCAGAUCAUCUAAUACCAUUUCUGGGGGGGGGGGGGUGUACCUAGAAACUCAAUUUCCAUGGAAUUUUCUUGAAAAAAAAAAUUGACCUGUAUUGAGUAAAUUAAGAAGAAAACAUCAUGGAGGUAGCUAGAAUUAGACAAUUGUUGCUCCUUUGGUGUAGAAUCAGAUCUAACCGUGUUGCUCUUGUGGGUGGCAACCACACCGCUGCCAGGUUUUGCACUCGCUAAAUUCUCCUCUCUUCCACCGUUGGCUUUUCCUCUCUCUCUCUCUCUCUGUUCUUAUAGUUGUUAAGAAUUUGUCACGUACAACUAUAGGAGCACAAGGUACAAUCAAUUGUUGCAGAGUCUUGAUUCCAAAACUGUAGAAUUUUGGAUUGUUUUGCUGUUGAACGAUGGAUUUGGGUCGUGGGUAUUGCCCCAAAAAGGGAAAAGUAAAGGGGAAUCAAUUUCCUGGGGUUAAAAUUGGGCUGAAUCAAGAUGCCCUUUUGAUAAUUAAGCUACCAGAUUCGAGGGCUUUAAGGAUUAUGUCACGGUCUUUGUUCUUGGCAAUGGUUCUUCUUACAUUGCCCUCAAUUGGGUCCAUACUAAGAGGCUCAGUCGACGUAAUCGACGUGAAUUCUGAUGAUGUGAGGGACUUUAACAUGUUGCAUAAUCUUUUUCGUGAUUUGGGAGAUGAAGGCCUUGUUAAAAAGGGCCAAAAAGGGCUCAUUUUGAGCUCUGAGAAUAAUGAUCAUUUGGCGGAAUAUUUGGAGUUGUUGAAUGACAAUGUGGUUGAUUUGCUGACUGAUUCAGAUAUGGAUAACAAGAAUUUAAUCCCAAAUGAGGCGUUUGAUUUUGCAAUUGCAUGCUCUAAAUGGAACAGUAAGUUCAUUGAUCGUGUGCUCAAGAUUGGUGGCAUUGUGGUAACUCAAUUGAGCAAUGAUCCUUUAGCUGAGCUUAAAGCUCUAGCUAACUAUAGAAUUGUGUACAUACGACGAUUCGACAAGACUAUGAUUGGUCUGAGGAAAAUUGGGAUAGUAAACGAUGAGCUGAAUUCGCGAAAAAAGAACAUUCUUUGUGGAAGCACACCUGAGGAUAAGAAAGUUGCAUUGAAAGGAUUAGAGGAUGUGUUGUUUGAGCCACCAAGAAAGGCAUUGGUGAAAUCAAUUUCAAGGAAGAUGAAGUUUCUUCCUGAGUUGUUAGGGGAUUCGCUUGAGAAUUACCCGCGAAGAGUUUUCAUUUCUGAUGAGAAAAAUGGAGUAGCAGAAUGGUUUCAGAGGAACUACCCUGCAAAUAAUCAAGAUUUUGAGAUUUACAACUUGGAUGUUGAAAUCCAAGAUUCAGAGGAAUCAGGGAACGGGACGCCAUUACUUGGGGCCGCAGAAUGGUUAAGCAAAAAUGUGAAGGAAGAGGACUAUGUUGUGAUGAAAGCAGAAGCAGAAGUGGUGGAAGAAAUGAUAAAGAAGAAGACAAUAUGUUUGGUGGAUGAGUUGUUCUUGCACUGCAGAAAUCAAUUGGAAGAUGAUGAUGAUGAUUAUGAAGAGGAAAAUGGAAGUCAGAGGAAGGCUUAUUGGCAAUGUUUGACAUUGUAUGGGAAGUUGAUAGAUGAAGGGGUUGCUGUGCACCAAUGGUGGAGUUGAAUCUAAGGAAUGUGAGACACUUGGUUUAGCUUUGUAUUUUUCUGAGUCUAUUGUUAUUGUUUUUCAUUUCAUGUAUCAAGUGGUCAUCAAUGGCUUGGCUUUUCUUGUUUAAUUUGAGCCAUUGUUGUUUUAUUGUAUGUUUCUGUUGGCCAAUGUUGGCAUGAAGAUUGUUGUGUGGUUUAUUUAAUAUAUUCAUUUUCUCUCCUUUUUUUGA